ACACAUUAAUAAUUUUAGCAAAAAGAAAACAUACACAUUAAUUAAUAUAUAUACAUAUUCAUGACUCCAUCCUUAUCGAAAAAAUAUACAUUCAUGACUCCAUGGAUGAAGUUUAGAAAAAGACAAAAAGAUAGAUUUCGUGUAUGUAAUUCCAAGUUUCUAAACGCAAUCGGUAUCAAUGUUUUUGUAAAAAAGUGAUAUCUCCACCCGUUUUCAUAAUGGAAGGGCUGUAAAAAAAGAAAAGAAUAAAGAACGGCAAGAGGGAGUUUGUGUUGUGGGGUCUCAGUGACACAACAUUCACUUAACAAAAAGGCUAACAAAAGUGAUAUUCUAUAAUUUUCUUAAUAUUUUUAUAAAUAUUUAUUUUCAGCUUGAAGUGUUUGGUUUAUAAAUUUCUUAGAAAUUAGAAUAAUACCUAAAAUUUAAUGCACAGUCAGGGCUGUUUAUAUUUCACCACUUUAUAGUAGGUCUGGGACAGAUCGGAUAUCCGGACAAUUUUAAGAUAUCCGGAUCCGGAUCCUUAUCCGGCGGAUCCGUAAUUUUACUAUCCUUAUCCGGAUCCGGGGUUCGCGGAUAUCCGGGUGUUGGAUAUCCGGGUGUCGGAUAUCCUUCUAAAAAUUAUAAUAUCUGGCAGAUAUCCGGAUCCGGAUUUGGAUCAUUAAAAUAAAUAAAAAAUAAUAUUAAUAUAUAUAAAAUAUUAACAAUAAUUUAAAAAUAAAAAAGAUAUAUAAUGUUUUUAAUUAUUUCUAUGUAUAAUAUUACAAAAUUUACAUAAAAUUUAUAUAUAGUAUUAUAAAAAUAAAAAUUUAUUAAAUAAAAUUAAUUAGUUUUUAUAUAUAGAUAUUACUAUUUUUGAAAUAAUUAUUAAUCAAAUUUACGGAUCCGGAUAUCUGGACUAAAAAAUCAAGAUAUCCGGAUCCAGAUUCGGCUUUGAUGGAUUUAACAUUUUACUAUCCGGAUCCGGAUUCGGCCUCUCCGGAUAUCCGGAUUUUCGGAUCGGAUCCGGAUCGGAUCUCGGAUCGAAUCCGGAUCGGAUCUCGGAUCGAAUCCGGAUCGGAUCUCGGAUCGAAUCCGGAUCUCGGAUAAAAGUCCCAUGCCUACUUUAUAGUGUAUUUUUAACGUAUUUUUCCUUAUUGAUAUAUAUAUCGGUUCUGAUGGUCAUAAAAUGUUAUCCCAAAAUUUAAAUAAAAAUAAUUCAAUCUUACAAAUGCAUGAAAGAGAGUCAAAAUCAACAUAGCUGUGUUUUGCACAGUCGUGUGUGGCAUGGUAGUACAACUUAGCUGUGUGUUUAUACACUGUCUUCUUUCUCUACGCGGUCAACAUUCUUUGACUUUGAUUUUCCAUGGUGUUCUAGUCUUCUUGCUUAUUGAAAACCAACUAGUUUGUUUUUCUAUAUGUAUUAUUGUAUUAAAACUAAAUAUAUCUUUCCUCACCUUUUUCCUUAUAAAAUAUAUUCGAAAUUCUUAGUUGAAAAAAACGGAUUUAGACAAAAAUUGGAUGGGGGACAUGUAUCUUGUGGAUCAGCGAGGGUUAAUAAAUAAAAUGGUGUGGUGGUGGUCGGGACGUGUUUGAGUGUUAUAAUCGUAAAUAACACGCCUGAUUGAGAUUCUACACUCUCUCUCUAUGAUAAGAAGAGUGACUUGUGUUUCAAAGUCAUUCCCAUGUGCCUUGUCUCCGACAACUUUAUCUCUCAUCUGGCUCAUGCCUCUGGUUCACAUGGUACUUCUUCAAGAUUCACUAUUUUUUUAAGGAUUUUCAUCUCAGAAAAAGUCAGAUUAUUUAAGGUGUGAAUCAUAAACGUGACAAAAAAAAAUGUACAAGCAUCCAAGACAAGAGAUUGAGGCUUACUCUUUGCCUGCCAACUCUGUUGGGAAACGUAGGUACGUACCGGUUCACAACUCACGUAAACGGUACUGCACGCCAGAGUCAUCAUCACCCGACUCACCUGCUCACGAUGUUAUCUCAAACGCUACUGUUUUAGUAUCACAUAACAACUCUGCAUACGAAGAUACGUCUGGCUCUUGUGUGACGGAUGAUUUUAAUGACAAGAUAAAGGAACUCGAAACGGUGAUGAUGGGGCCUGACUCAUUGGACUUGGUCCUAGAUUACAACGACUCCUUUGAUUCCACGUCGUGUCAAGAGACUAAUAGCUGGAGAUCAACUCUAGAGGCCGUCUCUAGACGUGACCUAAGAGCUGAUCUUGUUUCAUGUGCAAAAGCUAUGUCUGAGAACGAUCUUAUGAUGGCACGUUCGAUGAUGGAGAAGCUGCGUCUGAUGGUCUCGGUUUCUGGUGAGCCUAUUGAACGUUUGGGAGCUUACUUACUAGAAGGCCUAGUGGCUCAGUUAUCUUCAUCUGGUAGUUCCAUAUACAAAUCACUUAACCAGUGCCCUGAACCCGCAAGCACCGACCUGCUCUCUUACAUGCACAUACUCUAUGAGGUUUGUCCUUACUUCAAGUUCGGAUACAUGUCAGCAAAUGGUGCCAUUGCUGAAGCCAUGAAGGAAGAAAACAGAGUUCACAUUAUUGAUUUCCAAAUAGGUCAAGGGAGUCAAUGGGUUACUCUUAUCCAGGCUUUUGCAGCUAGGCCUGGUGGGCCUCCUCGGAUACGGAUAACGGGUAUUGAUGAUACAACUUCAGCUUAUGCUCGUGGAGGUGGCUUAAGUAUUGUAGGGAACAGGCUCGCUAAGCUUGCUAAGCAGUUCAAAGUUCCGUUUGAGUUCAAUUCGGUUUCAGUGUCAGUGUCCGAGGUUAAACCUAAGAACCUCGGAGUCCGACCAGGGGAAGCUCUAGCCGUCAACUUUGCCUUUGUGCUUCAUCAUAUGCCUGACGAAAGCGUGAGCACCGAGAAUCACCGCGACCGGUUACUGAGAAUGGUGAAGAGCUUGUCUCCCAAAGUGGUGACUCUAGUGGAGCAAGAAUCUAACACAAACACAGCCGCUUUCUUCCCCAGGUUCAAGGAGACAAUGGACUACUAUGACGCCAUGUUCGAGUCAAUAGAUGUGACUCUCCCAAGGAAUCACAAACAGAGGAUUAACGUGGAGCAGCAUUGUCUAGCAAGAGAUGUAGUGAACAUCAUUGCAUGUGAAGGAGCUGAUAGGGUUGAGCGGCACGAGCUGCUAGGGAAAUGGAGGUCACGGUUUGGGAUGGCCGGUUUCACUCCUUACCCGUUGAGUCCCCUUGUGAACUCCACUAUUAGAAGUCUACUCAGGAACUAUUCGGACAAGUAUAGGCUGGAAGAAAGAGAUGGAGCCUUGUAUCUUGGUUGGAUGAAACGAGAUUUGGUCGCCUCGUGUGCAUGGAAAUGACACGGAGAAGAGUCUUUAUUGUAACCGUAAUCAAAGUGUGUCUACUUGUAUGCAGUUCAGUUGCUCAUUUGAAUCUUCAAAAACAUUAGAAGAAUCUCAUGUCCGUCUACUUCUAGAAACCAUUGCAUGGCAGAACAUGUCUGAAAUACUAGUUCAGGCAUUUUGUGGACACAUCAGUAACAAUUUAUUUACUA